UUGUGUCUUAUCAUAUUUUCAUAGUUUGUAAAGAACGCCCCUCUUCAAUAAACGCCUCCUGUCUAUUAAACGUCCCCCCUCUGACCAUCGAAGUUUAAUUAACGCUCCGGGCUAUUAUUAGAUCAUUUACGGUAUACCAGUUUUUCUUUGAUAUGGGGCUCCUCUCACACGGCGCUCCGUUAUUAGAUUUGUGCAUGUGAGUGAACGGCUUAUAUUCGCAGUGUGUGGCUCCGACCACUUGGGGCUGCGAAGAGACUAAAAUUCACGUUCCAAACUCAGGAAUUUGACCUGUGUAACAAGAUCCGCACCUCAAAGAAUACAAGCACAACCUCCUGUUUCAGGUUUCCACGCGAGCAGUAGCGAUCAAGAGCGCCAAUAACCAAAAACAGAAAAUUCAGGCGUCCUGUUUUCAAAGCGGUCAAGAACUCAAAAUGACGACAGGUCAUGAAGAGAAAAACCUGCCAAUCGAAAAGGAUCAGGAUAACAACUUGGCGGUGCCAAGUCCUGGUAAUAAUAAUAAAAACGCUCGAUCUCGAAGGAAAGCACUUGGCCUCGCGUAUGUUGUUGAUGAAAACCCACCAUGGUACGCCUGCCUUUCGCUCGGAUUCCAGCAUUACCUGACGAUGUUGGGCGGAACUCUUUCCAUUUCAUUCGUCUUGAGUGGACCUAUGUGCUUCUCUAACAACCCUCUAGUCGUCGCGGAGGUUCUCUCCACUAUCUUUUUCGUCUCGGGUAUCUCCACUCUUCUGCAGACGACCUUCGGCGUCAGGUUGCCAAUCGUCCAAGGUGGAACAUUCACGUUUCUGGCGCCGACUUUUGCCAUCUUGUCACUCCCGCAGUUCAAGUGUCCAGCGAAUAUAAAUGGCUUGAACGCGACAGCUAACGCAACAAUACACAACAGCGGUGAUUGGAGGAUAAGAAUGCGAGAGAUCCAAGGUGCCAUCAUGGUCUCCUCCUUGUUCCAAAUCUUUAUCGGAUUUUCAGGAGUCAUGGGAUUCCUUUUGCGCUUCAUUGGACCAAUCACUGUGGCGCCUACGAUCACUCUGAUUGGCUUAUCGCUAUUCCAUGUCGCCGCAGAGCGAGCUGGUAGUCAAUGGGGAGUCGCUUUCAUGACCGUGGCUCUCAUCACGAUCUUCUCUCAAGUCUUGACCAACAUCAAGGUUCCUAUUCCCGCGUACAGUAGAGAGAAAGGCUACUACAAUGCACACUGUCCGGUAUUCAGACUGUUCCCGAUCAUUCUAGCGAUCUUAGUGUCGUGGGUGAUCUGCGCUAUCAUCACGGCUGCGGGGGGAUUCCCGGAUAACCCCAAACACCCAAAUUUCUUCGCAAGGACAGACGCGCGGACGAUUGUUUUGCGAGAGAGUAACUGGUUCAGGUUCCCUUACCCAGGUCAAUGGGGAACGCCCAGCGUCAGUGCCGCAGGGGUGUUUGGGAUGCUGGCCGGUGUCUUGGCCUCAAUGAUAGAAUCCGUGGGCGACUACUACGCAUGCGCUAGAUUAUCCGGCGCACCCCCUCCCCCUAAGCAUGCCAUCAAUCGCGGGAUUGGUGUGGAGGGCAUUGGGUGUCUCAUCACCGGACUGUGGGGGAGUGGUAACGGAACUACGUCAUACAGCCAGAAUAUUGGGGCAAUCGGCAUCACAAAGGUUGGCAGUUUGCGUGUGAUCCAGUACGCAGGGCUGAUCCUUGUGGUCUUGGGCGUGGUCGGUAAAAUAGGUGCUCUUUUCACCAUCAUCCCUGACCCCAUUGUAGGCGGGGUCUUUAUGGUGAUGUUUGGAAUGGUAGCGGCGGUAGGGAUCUCCAACUUGCAGUUCAUCAAUCUCAACUCUUCGCGUAAUCUCUUUAUCAUCGGUGUGUCUCUGAUGCUUGGCUUCGCGUUGCCAUGGUAUUUGAAUAAGCACCCGGAAACCAUAGCAACAGGUUCACAAGGGAUCGACCAAAUCGUCACAGUCCUUCUCAAGACCAGCAUGGCAGUGGGAGGAAUAACUGGACUCAUCCUAGACAACGCCCUACCAGGGACACCAGAAGAGCGCGGUAUUCUCUUGUGGCGUAAAAUCGUCAACGAAGGGGGAGAUGAGAGUAGUCAAGUAGCUUCGUUUCAUAUCUAUGACCUUCCUUUUGGAUUGAAUCGCUUGUGCAAGUUUAAGAUAGCGAAGUAUCUCCCAUUCGUACCAUAUUACCCAGUCUCCUUGCCCGAUGAGUCCGAGGAGGCGACCGUAAGUAUGAUGGAAGGCAAAGAACCGUAAGAGCUUGAAAGAUUGAGACACGACAAAAAUAAAA